CUCACUGAAACCUGAUCUGUUAGAGAGGGAGACACGCUUGCUCACACACACACACACACAUACAUACAUUCUGGCACAGAUGGCUGCCGUCUCAACAAGCAAACCUACUAAGUCUGUGGAUCAAGAUGAAAUCUGGAAGUCACAUGUGAAGGUGGAGCUUGAGUCAGCGAAGGGUUGGCCUAAAAAAUGGGGCUUCCUGACAGAGUCCUACCGAGAGGCUCAGAGAGAGAGUCUCCAGCUGAACAAGACAAUCAAACUGGAGCUUCCUCUGCACCUGAAGACCCGCCCCCCGACCCCACCUGAGAAGUACAUUCAGGUGGACCCAUCUCCUCCAGUUCCCCAGACCUCGCAGGCUCUGAUUGGCUGGCGUUCGUCGGUCUCUGAGUUGCAGCUGGAGCGCUACGGGAAGGUGCAUCGUGUGAGGAAGAGCUUCCUGAAGGAGUUGGGCUGGUCCUUUGACUCCUGCAACUGAUUGGCUGAUCCCGCACGCUGCCCAAUCCCUCCUCCACAUCCCGGACCCCUCACCCCCUCUCAAACGCUUUCAGCACUGCCACCCCCCACCCCCCCCACCCCCCCACACCUUCCCCCACCACCACCACCACCCAAACACAC